CUCAGUGAGUGACAGAUGUUGGUUCAUCAGGACGCAGCGCUCCAUUCAGAACCGAGGAGCAGAGCAGGACGGCCUGCCGCGUUCGGGUCUGUCACCGCGGAGCAGAGCGGAGCUGGAGGAAACAUGUCCGGGGAGAAGAGCUCCGGUCCCUGCGGCAGGUUCCAGGCGAACAUCUUCAACAAGAGCAAAUGUCAGAACUGCUUCAAGUCCCGGGAGCUGCAUCUGCUCACCGACCGCGACAUGGAGCAGGCAAAGCCCAUCUAUGGUGGCUGGCUAUGUUUGGCUCCUGAGGGGACAGAUUUUGAAAACCCAAUGCAGAGAUCAAGGAAAUGGCAGCGGCGCUUUUUUAUCCUGUAUGAAGACGGCAGCCUGAGCUUCGCCCUCGAUGAACUGCCGAGCACUUUGCCUCAGGGGACGCUGAACAUGAAUCUGUGUACAGACAUCGCUGAUGCCGAGCCCAGGACGGGCCAGAAAAACGCUCUGUGCAUCGUCACCCCAGAGCAGGAAAUAUUUAUCCGUGGUGAAAAUAAAGAGAUCAUUAACGGGUGGAGCGAGCAGCUUACAGGCUUUCUGCGAACUAACAAGCAGAAUCAGAAGAAGAAACGCAAAGUUGACCCUGUGGCCAAUCAGGAGCCCAGUCCAGCAAAGAUGGCAGCAACUGAUCCAACUUUUCCAUCCUCGGAGGGAAACUCUGCAGAGUCCAGCCGGUGGCAGGAAGAACAGCGGGGCGGCGGACCAGAUGUGACCCCCGUCUGGACUGUCAGCGACACAGAUGCCCCCGGCCCUGAGCGGCCCCCUGCAGGCAACACGUCCCCCUACCUGUGCCCGGUCUCCAGGGACUCUCCAACCUUGGAUGCCAGUGGCAGUUUGGGCAGCCCAGUCGGCUCCUUGGACUUGGCGGUUGUUGGAAGCGCCGACGCUGGCAGCGACAUCCAAACAUCAGAAAACAACAAGAAGCAGAGACCAGACAGAAGCCGUAACCGGUCAGCAGAGAGGCUGCUGGGAUCAGAAGGCACCGAGAAAGAACAUGAAGGUGGGACAGCCGCCUCCAGGAAGGGCAGGAGUGAAGCUCGUAUCAGCAAGCGAGAGAAACUCCAGUCUUGUGGAGACAUAGCCCAGCUCAGUGCUCCUCCUCCCCAGAGAAGAGCCAAGUCUCUGGACCGCAGGACGUCAGACACUGUCAUGACGCCAGAUUUGUUGAACUUCAAGAAAGGCUGGAUGGUCAAACUGGAUGAAAAAGAACAGUGGAAGAAAUAUUGGUUUGUGCUGUCCACUGACAGUCUGAGAUACUACAAGGACUCUAUAGCUGAGGAGGCUUCAGAUCUUGAAGGAGAAAUCGACUUAACAAAGUGUUAUAAUGUGUCUGAGUAUCAAGUGCAAAGAAACUACGGCUUUCAGAUCCAUACCCCGAAGGGUGUCUUCACGCUGUCGGCCAUGACUGCAGGGAUACGCAAGAACUGGAUCCAGGCGCUAAUGAGGAACGUCCAUCCAGCCAACGCUCCUGAUGUAGCCAGUGUUCCUGGCCACCAACCUGAAGUUCUACCCAAACCAGACGUGACUCAGGACUCUCCUUCCUCUGACGUCCCCACAGACAGAGACUCUCACCACAAACCGAAGAGCGUAAUGGAGCGACGAAGGGAAGGCCGCUACAAUACCUUCGACUGGGCUGAGUUUCGGCCUCAGAGCAGGCCGCCGGUGGCCAGAGAUCCUCAGAGGACUACAUCUCCCUGUUCACUGGAGCUGAGUGACCUGGAGAGGAGGAAGAAGCGGGAGGAGAGGAGGAGGAGGUACGAGAACAUGCUGGGCAUCUCUCUGGGGUGGGAGGAAAAUGGAGAGAAGAUGGUGGACGGCGGUGUCCGAGCACUGAGUCCAAAAUCACAGCAGAGAGUGGAGGAGGAGAUAGAAGAGUGCUGGAAGGAGGUGGAGAAGACGGUGUUCAGACUGGACAGGACAGUCCCAAUGUUUAAUGAAGCCAGAGACGCCAUGGAGACGGAGAAACUGCUGCACAGCUACAGGAACAGGGUUGAGGAUCUGAAGGCUCAGCUGGCAGAGUCGGAGCGUUGCAAACUCAAACUGGAAGCUCAGCUCAGUGCGGCAGGAUUUUAUCAGCGGCAGCUGGACCCUCCAAUUUGUUCUGAAGCAGAUUUAUACUCGCUGGACACGAAUGAAAAGCCAUUAAAAUACCAAACACAGAGCCUGAAAGAUACAAACGUCAUGCAGCAGAGCGUUAUCAAGCAGGACAUACAGGAGCAGCUUGGGUUUGAACCACCUACAUCAGCACCACAGCUGCCCAGCAUCUGGUUGCGUGAUACUGAGGGUAACUUACAAGAACUAGAGGAUUUGCUUUCUGAGCAAGCAGUCACACCUUUACUGUCACCUGCAUCAGACAGCGAUCGGUCUCAAACUGAUACUCAGAUUCUGAACUUUGAUGGCACAACAACCAACCACCAGAAUCAGCUGGACAGAGAAGACUGUCAAUUGUCUCCUGCCUCAGAAAUACAAACACAUAACAGUGACUUUAGUUCGCUUUUUGUGGAGGAGCCUGCAGGUGGAGAUGACAUUUCACUGAACUGCGAAGCUCUAGACAAUUCGACAGUGAGGAACCUUUCCAAAGAGGUGGAACUACUCACCAGCCAGAAUGAGGCUCUCAAUCAGCGCAACCAGGAGAUGCUGAACCAACUGACAGAGGCAGACCGAGAGAUCGAGAGGCUGAAAGCAGAGCUCAGCAACAGGUACACUGAGCCCCAUCUGCUCCCUGAAGUGGAGCAACAGGGGAAGACGAGGUUAGAAGAUCUGGAGAGGGAGCUGAGCUUGAGGAACCAGGAGCUGCUGGAAGCCCAGACGCUGAUCACCUCCCUGGAGGAGAAUCUGAAGGAGACCGAGGUGCUGCUACAGCUCAGCGACCCGGCGGAAACAGAAGAACCAAGGGAGGAUGAGAAGAAGAAAGGUGCUGAGAAAGCAGAAGGGUACCUGCUUCGAUGUUUUGAAGCUACUGAAGCCAAGCUGAUGGAGCUGGAGAGGCAGCUCGACCAAUCAGAGUUGACCUGCCGGGAGCUUCAGCAGCAGAACACAGAGCUGAAGGUGGCAGAGAAACUUUACUGUCAAAGAGCUGAAGAGGCAGAGGCUGAUAUUAGGAGGCUGAAUGAAGAGUUAGAGAAAGAGAAGGUGAAAGAAUGUGAAAGAAAUAGAUGUGUCUCUAGUGACGAAAAGAUCCAGCAAGUGAUAGCGGGGAUGGUCAUGAGACUGAGAGCUUUGGGGAAACUGUUAGAUGUGAUUGACAGGUUGGAUUUUGUAAAAGAAAGUGAGCAAGAGGAGGAACAUCCUGCAUUUGUGAGUCAGCUGAAGUGGGAGGAAGAGUUUUGGAGUUUGCUGCUCAACAAACUGAAAGACGUUUCCUCAGGAGUGAAUGAUCCAGUAGAAGUGCUUGUUAGGGAGGUGACGGAACAUAUGAUGCUAGAGAAACAGAUGCUGCUUGAAGGCCGCGGUCUGCUUCUGGAGAAAGAUGAGGAAGGUUUGGAGGGAAUGUGUGAGGUUUUAAAGGACAUUAAUUGGAAUAGUGCAAGUGUUACAACAUCAGAAACCACAAAGAUAGAGGAAAACGGUGUGUUUGAUUUUAACAACCAACUGUGUGAGAUGGAGCAUCUUAAGAUGGUCACACAGAUGAAAAUUUCUUUGCUGAACCAGGUCGCCUCCUCCGUCAGCACCUCUGCCCAAAACAAACUCCAGUUAGUUGCAGACAGACUGUACGAAUUCCAUAUUUCAGAGCAUCCCUGGUCCAUUUCAUUCUUUCACUCAGCAGCAACCGAAGCCCUGUACUGCUACCGUUUACGCAGACUUCAGUCAAAGAAAAGACACUGCUGCAACUGUCUCACCCUCAUGGAGGAAAACGGGGAGCUAAAAACAAAACUGUCAAACCUCGAGGAAAAACAAGCGUCCUUGUUGGUCGCUCAAAUGGACUCAUGCUGCCAGACGGAUGAGACUUGUCCACAGGAUAUAGAUACUGAGCUGCAGAAUGCAGAUGGAAGUGUUGCAGAGGAAAGUAGGGAAGAAAAUGAAACUCCAGAAGAGGAGAUGGCUGAGAAGGAACCUGAGCUCAGCGACACAGGAGACACAAUUUUGAGAGAAAGUGAUAAAACCGAUCCAGACGUGGAGCUAAUUUCGGCGUUAAGAGGAAAAGUGAAGGAGCUGGAGGAGCAGCUGUCGGCCUUAACGGAUGAGCUGAAAGAAGAGUUUGAUGGAAAAAUGAGUUUGGUGCAGUUGCAGCAUGAGAAGGAGAUGGAGAAGCUGAAGGCUACAUGUGAGCGUGGCUUCACCUGCAUGGAGGAGUCGCACCUGAAGGUAGUGGAGGAGCUUCAGCGCAGACACCAACAGGAACUGGAGCGCCUCCUGGUGGAGAGAGACCGACUGCUGGAAGAGGAGAGUGCUGCUACUGCCACUGCAAUUGAAGCCAUCAAGAACGCUCACCGUCUGGAGCUGCAGAGGGAAGUGGAGAGGAGAUGUCAGUCAGAAAAUGGCAACGCAAACACACACCUGGACGACAUUUGCAGGCAGCACAGUGAGGAGCUGGCCUCCUUCCAGCGGGAGCUCGAGGUUUUGUCCCAGCAGUUCUCCCUGAAGUGUCUGGAGAACGGACACCUUGUCCAGGCUCUGGAUGCUGAGAGGAAGGCCUUGUGUCAAUGCCAGCAGGAAAACCAGGACCUGAGGACCAGAAACCAGGAGCUGAGUGGUCACCUCGCAGCAGAGAUCACCAGACUGUGUUCUCUGGCCAAACAGGACGACCUGCCGCUCGGUCAGGGGAUGGACGUGUACGAGAUGGAGAUCACGCUGCGAGUGAAGGAGUCUGAGGUCCAGUGUCUGAAGCAGGAGAUCACGUCUCUGAAGGACGAACUGCAGUCGGCACAGAAGGACAAGAGGAACGCGACUAAGAAGUACAAGGACAUGUACACGGAGCUGAGCAUCGUGAGGGCGAAAGCUGAACGAGAGGCUGAAGAGCUGAGAGAAAACCUGCGACUGGCUCAUCAGGCUCUGGGACAAACAUCACCGUGAGGCUGCAGCUGGACAUCAGUGUUAUGUUCAUUAUAUCUCACUUCACCCUAAUUUUAAUUUCACAUUAUCUCCAUUUGGGGGAUAAAGAUGCUUGUAUUCACCAAAUAUUAUGGAAGUAUGAGUGCGUGUUGUAGUAUAUUUUAUGUUUGUUCUGUGUCACAAAGUCUGUUGUUUUUUAAGCGAUUAAAUCUUUUAAAUUAAACUCAUUUUCUGGCACAUGAUGCUGCAUUUUAAUUUAUGUCUUUUUUAACACUGCAGUGUUAUUAAUAUGAAUUGUUAACUUUUAUUAAAUGAAAUUGGCAGAUUAAA